UAUUAUUAUAAGAACAUGCCACGAAUAUGGCCUCUCUCUGCCUAACCUUUUUCAAACUUGCAUGUCUUGAAAGACUUGGUUAUUUCUUUCUGAUCUCUAUCUCUCUCUGUCUCUCUCCACAGAGAUGAAUAUGGAAACUCCAGAAGUUUGCAACGGCGAGGGUGACGACGAUCAAAUCCCGCUCCCUGGAUUCCGCUUUCAUCCGACCGACGAAGAACUCGUCAGCUUUUACCUCCGUCGAAAAGUUGAGAAAAGACCCAUCAGCCUUGAACUCAUCAAACAAAUCGAUAUCUACAAACACAAUCCAUGGGACCUUCCUUAUGGAAGUAGUAAAGUGGGAGAUAAAGAAUGGUAUUUUUAUUGCAAGAGGGGGAGGAAAUACAAGAAUAGUAUAAGGCCAAAUAGAGUAACUGGGUCUGGAUUUUGGAAGGCCACUGGAAUUGAUAAGCCUGUUUAUUCCAAUGGAGGUGAAGGAAAUGAAUGCAUUGGCCUUAAGAAAACACUUGUUUAUUAUCGUGGAAGUGCUGGUAAAGGCUCUAAAACUGAUUGGAUGAUGCAUGAGUUUCGUCUUCCUCCUCCUAGUCCAACCAACAACCCUAAACUCCUCCAACCCAACUCCAAGAACUUUGCUCAAGAAGCGGAAAUUUGGACAUUGUGUAGGAUAUUCAAGAGAAAUGUGAGUGGGAGAAGAUAUGGAACAGGAAAUUGGAAUAACAAGCAAGCUGCAGCAGCAGCAACAGUAAUAAAAAAUCCUAUGACAGAAAAGAACAGUACAUUAAGGAUGUGCAACAAUGAUGAAAUUAUGGUGGGAUCAGCUGCUGAAAGAGGUAAUAAUCAUGGAGAAAUUAGUUACAUCAACUUCAGCUGUGAAUCAAUGAUUAUCCAAACUGAGAAGAAGCCACUACUUCUUGAUCCAAAUUACCUCAAUAACAACAACAACAACAAUCAUCAUCAUCAUCAAGAAUGGAAUAGCAAUAAUAACAAUAAUUAUGAUCAAUAUAGCAGUUGUUCUUCAAUGGACCCAUCUCCAGUUUCAAGUGGUAUUAUUUCACCUCCAAUUCCUUACCCCACAAAUCAGCUUGUGGAUGUCAAUGAUUUCUUCACUAAUAGCAAUUGGGAUGAGCUCAGAUCAAUGGUGGACAUGUUGUAGACAUCAGAUUAUUAUUGAUGAUCAUAUUCUCUUUCCAUUUUGUGUAAAUAUCACAUACACAAACACUCUUAAUCUUGGAGCUACCCCCAUCUCUACAAGGUACAGCCCCUGAUUGCUCUCAACAUAUCAUUACAUCAUUCCAAAGUAAAGGGCCAUUUCAGAAGAAGCAAAAAGGAUUAUUGGAUAUUUGGAAUUUUAUCAUGAGAUCAUUAGAUCAAUAAUCCAUUAUUUUCAGGAUUAAUCAAUCAUAUAGUUUACAUUAUAUAUAGCUGGGUUGAUUCCUCCUUGUGCAUAUAUAUUUAAUAUAUAGUCUUUUUAGAUAUAUCUCCUUGCUAUAUAUAAUCCAACAUGUUACAUGGGCUUUUUCAUUUCUUGUAACAAUCUAUAGUCUUUAGAUUGAUUUAGUUUAAUAUAUGAUUUUACUUCAUUUUUCUCAGCCUUUGUACAAUGAGUAUUUUUUUUUUUUCACUAUA